AUGCUCUCACGUGUUGCUGCAGUCAUGGCACCCCGCACAGACUACCGUCGCCGUGUGACCGGAUCCAGCGGAAGGAGGAGGGAGGGAAGAGAGAGUGAGCCGCAGAGGCCUAACAUGUCCCGGCGUGUGUUUGCUUCCGCGGUGCUGCUUCUCCUCGUCGUUGUGAUGGUGUGCUGCGGCACUGGUGGGGCUUCGAACGCCGUGACGAGUAAUUCGGGGAAUGCGCAAUUGCCUCAUACGGUCGUUCUAUUUGUGCCGCAGAAGACGCAGAUGCUGCCGAAAGAUGGAACGUCUCAAGGGACGAAGCGGGAUGCAUUUGUUUCACCCUCUCUCGUCAGUGCUGGUGGAGUAAUUGCUGCUUUUGCCGAGGGUCACAUGGAAACCGAAUAUCAAGGUGCUCCAUUAGGUAAGCCGUCUUCUGAUGUUGUUGCGGGGUACAUCGACUCUGCGUGGGAAUGGCCCACUCUUGUUGAAAAGGUCAAAAAGGAAGAAUGGAGGGCACACACUGUGCUUGGUAAAGCGGAGGGAAAUGAGGGUUUGGAUGUUGUGCUCCGCCCCACCACCACCAUGAAGGGCAAUAAGGUGUUUCUUCUUGCGGGAGGCUUUGAUGUGCACAAUGAAAGUGGUGGGAACUGGAAAUGGGGCAAAUUUGAGCUGAAACUGGUUGUUGGUGAGGUCACGAAUCCUACGGGUGGCAAACUGAGUGAACGGAUCGAAUGGGGCCCAAUCAGAUCUCCAUUGAGCGGGAGUACUAUGACUGCUCACCAAGGUAACUUGAAGGAGUUUGUUGCCGCUGGUGGCUCAGGUGUUCUGAUGGAGGACGGCACCAUUGUGUUUCCUGUGAUGGCGAAGAGCGGAAAUGGUGACUUUUACUCCAUGAUCAUUUACUCGAAGGAAGACGGCGAAAAAUGGUCGCUCUCAACAGGCGUUUCCCCUGCGAAAUGCUUUGCACCCCGCAUCACCGAGUGGGAGGGAUCACUUCUCAUGAUUGUUGACUGCGAGGACGAACAGAGGGUGUACGAGUCGCGUGACAUGGGGACAGCGUGGACGGAGGCCAUCGGGACGCUUCCAGGCGUGUGGGUCAACUCACAAUCAAGUUUUCGGGAUCUGAACUUGCACGUGGAUGCCCUCAUCACCGCGACCAUUGAGGGCAGGAAGGUCAUGCUGUACACUCAGAGAGGGAACUUCUCGAGGGAGGAGGAGGCCAAUGCGCUCUACGUUUGGGUGACGGACAACAACCGCUCGUUUUCUGUUGGACCGGUUGGCUUGGAUGCUGCUGCGAAUUGGAUGCUCGCCAGCACCCUGCUGUACUCGGAUGGCAGUUUGCAUCUUUUACGACGGAGGGGCGAUUAUGAAGGCAGGGCCAUUUCACUUUCCCACUUGGCGGAGGAACUGAAUAAAAUCAAGUUUGUCCUGAAGACCUGGGCGCAAAAGGACGUUUUCUUCUCCGGGUUGUCUAUACCCACGGUGGGUCUGGUGGCGGUAUUGUCCGAUGCGGCCAGUGAUGACACGUGGUACGACGAGUACCUUUGCCUGAAUGCAACGGUGACGAACGCGAAGAAGGUCGAUGAUGGGCUUCAAUUGACGGAGCCUGGCUCCGGGGCAAUGUGGCCUGUGAACACUUGGGCUAAUAAUGUGCGUCAUGUAUCCUUGAGCCACAACUUCACACUUGUGGCGUCGGUGACAAUCGAAGAGGCUCCGACUGCAGACGCUCCUCUACUGGGUGCGAUUUUGGGGGAAACUAAUUCCACGCAUACCAUGGGAAUCCUGUAUACGGCGGAUAAAAAGUGGGUGACGAUAUUCGAAUACGAGAAGAAACCAAAAAGUGGCACUUGGGAGCUUAAGAAAGAAUACCAAGUGGCACUCAUGCUGCAAGGCAACAAGAGCUCCGUGUACGUUGAUGGCAAGUCGCUGGGGGAGGAAGAAUUGCCGUUAACAGGUGAGACACCACUUGAGCUUGUAACCUUUUGCUUUGGCGCGUGCGGUGGGCACGAACAAGAAUCCCAUGCGACGGUGACAAACGUCUUGCUGUACAACCGCCCACUGAAUCCCACUGAGAUGACUGCAAUCAAGGAAAGGAUACCCGUUCCAAAGAGAGCUCCGGAAUCACAAGCGGGAGGUGUUCCUCAAACCAUCGCAUCUGCUGUGUCUGGCCCAGAGAAAAAUUCAGCAGCUCCAGCGGUGCCCAUGAAAUUGGACUCCCAUGCAGUUGAAGAAGUGAGUGAGGGUGGAGCGGCAAAGAAGAAUACCUCUCGGACUGAGGAUGUGCAAUUCUUUGUGCCAGAGGUGAGCUUGAAUUCUGCUGGGAGCGGACUGCUGCCGCUGCUGCUUCUGCUGGGGCUGUGGGGUUUUGCGGCUGCGUGA